AUGUCAUACCUAGCGAAAGGGGUUCAGCACUGCAGUCCUGUGAAACAGAUGCACAAACUAACAGGAACUCUGUUUAAAGCACGCAUAUUACAGAACGUAUUUGGCCCCAGUGAACAACAAUUCAAUAUUUCACGUGCAUCAUCUCACCUUAGUUCUGAAAAGGCAAACGCUUACAAUUAUAUCGUUGUUGGGGCUGGAUCAGCAGGAUGUGUGUUAGCCAACAGGCUGAGUGAAGACCCUCUCAGUACUGUACUACUUUUGGAGGCAGGCCCUAAAGAUACCCUUCUAGGCAGUAAAAGACUGAUGUGGAAGAUUCAUAUGCCUGCUGCAUUAACAUACAACCUCUGUGAUGAGAAAUAUAACUGGUAUUACCACACAACACCACAAAAGCAUAUGGAUAACCGAAUUAUGUACUGGCCCCGAGGAAGAGUGUGGGGUGGCUCCUCCUCCCUCAAUGCCAUGGUAUACAUUCGUGGACAUGCAGAAGAUUAUAAUCGAUGGAGCAGGGAAGGGGCUACAGGAUGGGACUAUGGACAUUGCUUGCCCUAUUUUAAGAAGGCACAGUCACAUGAACUGGGGCCAGAUCAGUACAGAGGUGGGAAUGGACCCCUGAAUGUGUCAAGAGGGAAAACAAACCACCCUCUUCAUCGUGCAUUCCUGGAAGCAACCCAGCAAGCUGGGUAUCCCUUCACAGAUGAUAUGAAUGGUUAUCAGCAAGAAGGAUUUGGCUGGAUGGACAUGACUAUACACCAAGGUCAAAGAUGGAGCACAGCUAGUGCUUACCUUCACCCGGCCAUAUCACGCCCAAAUUUGUCAGUUUCAGAGAAGACACUUGUAACAAAAAUCUUGUUUCAAGGAACAAAAUCCAUUGGUGUCGAAUAUGUGAAAAAUGGGCAAAGGAAAAAGGCUUUUGCCAGUAAAGAAGUUAUUUUAAGUGGAGGUGCCAUAAAUUCUCCACAGCUGCUGAUGUUGUCUGGGAUUGGCAAUGCAGAUGAUCUAAAAAAACUGGGGAUUCCUGUUGUUUGCCAUCUUCCUGGAGUAGGGCAGAACCUUCAAGAUCAUUUAGAGGUGUAUGUCCAGCAGAAGUGCACCAAACCUAUUACUCUGUAUAAUGCACAAAAGCCAGUUAACAUGGUGAAGAUUGGUCUAGAAUGGCUUUGGAAGUUUACAGGUGAGGGAGCCACUGCCCACUUAGAAUCUGGUGGUUUUAUCCGAAGCGAACCAGGGGUUCCUCACCCUGACAUUCAGUUCCACUUUCUCCCUUCUCAGGUUAUUGAUCAUGGCCGGGUUGCUUCCACAAUGGAAGCUUACCAGGUCCAUGUGGGACCCAUGAGGAGCAUGAGCAUGGGCUGGCUAAAGCUGAAGAGUACAGAUCCAAAUGACCAUCCCAUCAUUGAGCCUAACUACAUGUCAACAGAAAGAGAUAUUUGGGAAUUCCGCCAGUGCAUCAAGCUGACCAGAGAGAUCUUUGCUCAGAAAGCUUUCGAGAAAUUUCGUGGGCCUGAAAUUCAACCAGGAAACCAUGUUCAGUCUGACAAAGAAAUAGAUGCUUUCGUAAGGCAGAAGGCUGAUAGUGCUUAUCAUCCUUCCUGCACCUGUAAAAUGGGUCAGCCUUCCGAUAGCACUGCUGUAGUUGAUCCUGAAACAAGAGUAAUUGGCGUUGAAAACUUGAGGGUAGUAGAUGCAUCAAUAAUGCCCAGUGUUGUCACUGGAAAUUUGAAUGCCCCAACUAUUAUGAUAGCAGAGAAAGCUGCAGAUAUAAUUAAGGGCCUCCCAUCUCUGGAGGAGAAAAAUGUUCCUGUAUAUAAGCCCAAGACCUUAGAAACACAAAGAUAA